GAGCCAAAGCCAAAGCUAGCAGAACCGAUAAAAGCCCAAAGAGAUCAGCAAUGUAGAUCAGUUUAACUCAGAAUUCGCAAAAAACCGCUUUGAUAACCAACAGAGAGAUUUUGUUUUUAUUUCUCGAAUAACGAAAGGAAUUUUCCUAUAUCCAUACAAACGUACAUAUAUCUCUCCGGAACACGCUUACCCACACACUUAUAUCUAAUGCUGGUCUGGAACGAAAAGCAGGAUACAAAUUUUACCUUCAUUUGAGCAUUUGCCGAACGCAAUUCGUUGAUUUCGGAUGAAACUAAAACCCCUUUUAUAGGAUUGGAUUUUUUGAGUUUUUUUUUUGCGUUUAAUAACCCCUUUGUGGUUGGUUUUUAUUUGUGCGACAAGUGAUUUAUACACAUUGAGAACUACGGAUUGACUUUUGUCCUUUUUUGGUGAUAAUGCCCAGUAGCGUUGCCAACGAAGGCUUCAAAUUUCCGACACGGCGGCAAAUAAGUGAUUCGUCUGCCGGAUUGCCAGCAAGCCGACAAUUAUCGAUUGGUAGCCCAAUAAAUAGCCCCCAACCGCCAGCGGAUGUGGUGGAUGAGGCUCAAUUGCAAUCGGAGCAAUCCGAAAAUAUAAUAUUGCAGAAAUCUUCAUCUUCAUCAACGACUUUGGCAACAUCUUCGGGCCAAAAAUGUCGUCGAAAUGGUUGGCAAGUCAAGGGAUCCAAACUAUCCCUAAAUACUCAUAAUCGUAUAAGGAACAUUGUGGAAUCAUUGAAAAUAAAGCCGAAUCCAGCUAAACCUAUGAUACCUCUGUCCAUUGGUGAUCCAACAACAUUUGGCAAUCUCAAGGCCGCCGAUGAGACCAUGAAGGCCGUAUUGCAUUCGCUGGAGAGCGGCAAAUAUAAUGGUUAUGCCCAUACACAGGGACACGAGGCAUCACGAAUCGCGGUGGCCAAAUAUAGUGCACAUCAGCGUCCCGAUGGUGAGAUCGAACCGAACGAUAUUAUCCUAUGCAGUGGCUGCUCCUCGGCAUUGGAAUAUUGCAUUUUGGCAUUGGCCGAUCGUGGUCAAAAUGUUUUAAUUCCACGUCCUGGCUUCUGUUUAUAUAAUACCUUGGCCGAAGGCCUCGACAUUGAGGUGCGUCACUAUGAUCUGCUGCCGGAGCAGCAAUGGCGUGCCGAUCUUGUCCAGCUGGAGAGUCUUAUCGAUGAGAAUACAGCAGCAUUGCUUAUUAAUAAUCCAAGCAAUCCCUGUGGCAGUGUAUACGAUGAGAAGCAUUUGCGUCAGUUGAUUGCCAUCUGUGAACGUCACUAUAUACCCAUCAUAGCCGACGAGAUCUACGAACAUUUCGUAUUUCCGGGCUCACGUCAUGUGGCCGUCAGCAGUUUGACUCGUGAAGUGCCUGUCCUAUCGUGUGGUGGUCUAACCAAACGUUUCCUUGUCCCUGGAUGGCGCAUGGGUUGGAUUAUAGUUCAUGAUCGUCAGCAAAGACUGGGUGAUGCCCUCCAUGGCCUCAAGAAUAUGUGCGGACGUAUUUUGGGCUCCAAUACCAUAAUACAGGGAGCUUUGCCUGAUAUAUUGACCAAGACACCGCAAAGCUAUUUCGAUGGCGUUAUCGAUGUGCUUUAUGCGAAUGCUAAGCUGGCCUAUAAUAUGCUGAAACAGGUGCGCGGACUGAAUCCUGUGAUGCCCAAUGGAGCUAUGUAUAUGAUGAUUGGUGUGCUCAUUCAACAUUUUCCAAAGUUCAAAGAUGAUGUACAUUUUGUACAGGAAUUGGUCAAUGAGCAGAGUGUAUUCUGUUUACCCGGCAGUUGUUUUGAACUAUCCGGCUAUGUGAGAAUUGUGCUCACUGUACCCGGACCCAUGAUCGAGGAGGCAUGCACCCGUCUAUCGGAGUUCUGUGAGCGUCACUAUAAGAAAGAGGAUGAUACAAAUGAUCGACGAAUUAUUGAGCAUGGCUUACUUCUGGAUGAUGAUGAGGUUACUCCCUACUAAAACAGAGAGAGAGAGAGAGAAUAAAUGUUUCCAACUGGGAGCUAUAUAUUUUAUUAGAUUAUCUAAGCUACAAUUGUGUUGUUCAAUCAUUAACUAUAUAUAUAUAUAUAUAUACUUAUA